AUGACCCCUCCUCAACCCCCAGGGACGCACCACACCAGCACCUGUAGCCCCUUCUCUGCCACUCUGCCUCUCUGCUCCUUUGCCUCUCUGCUCCUCUGCCUCCCUGCCUCCCUGCCUCACAGCCCCUCUGCCUCUUUUCUCCUUUGCAUCUCUGCCUCUCUGUCCUCUCUAUCCUCUACUAUUCAGCCUUUUCUGCCCCUCUGCCUCUCUGCCUCUCUCCUUUUCUGUCCCUCUGCCUCUCUGCCUCUCUGCUUCUCUCCCUCUCUCCUUUCCUGCCCCUCUGCCUCUCUACCUCUCUUCCUCCCUGCCUCACUGCCACCCUCUGCCUUGCUCCCUCUUCCCCUCUCUGCCCCUCUGCCCCCUCUGCCUCUCUGCGUCUUUCCCUCUCUCCUUUUCUGCCUCUCUGCCCCUCUGCCUCUCUGCUCCUUUGCCUCUCUGCCUCUCUGUUCCUCUGCCACUCUGCUCCUUUGUGUCUCUGCCCCCUCUGUCUCUCUCUCUCUCAGCCUCUCUGCCCCUCUGCCUCUCUCCUUCUCUGCCUCUCUCCCUCUCCUUUCCUGCCCCUCUGCCUCUCUACCUCUCUUCUUCCCUGCCUCACUGCCCCCUCUGCCCUUCUGCCCCUCUGUCUAG